AUUUGAUUUGGUUCAAUCUUUCAAUUUUUUCCUAUCCACUGCGCCAUGACACAAAAUGUGUUAGGUUGCGGGCUUUUCAGCCUCAAAUUAUCAGAGUGGUUUCCGCUCCGUCUCGCAAUGCGCUAAGAAGUUGGGUUCCAAACCCAGCCUAUCCGCUUUCUCCUUCGCACACCUCUUCUUCCCCCUAGAAUCCCUUCUUCGUUCGCCUCUCUGUCCGUUCAUCUUCAGCUCCUCGCCGCACAGCGAUUGGAAACUAAUCCAUCUACCAUUGCAGCCAGGGACUUCAAUCUCUGAUUUCGCUGGAAUGGCUGCACACCCGGGGAAGGCUUCUGCUGAGGAUGGUAGCCCCUCGCUGCUUGAUGAUAUCCAGUAGUGCUAUCCAUUUGCAGAUCUCUCAUUAGUCUCGCUUUCCCAUCCAUCGGCAUCCUCCUAUCAGACCCGAAAUCUUCGUUUGUGUCUCCGUUGUCAUAUUUCACUGGCCAAUACCACGACUGGAACCAUAGGAGGAUAGGCAGAAUUGUUGAGAUGGUAAACGGCAGAGGCUCUUCUCGUUCAAGAACCUCAGCUGCAGCAAAAUUCUUUCCAAGAACACCAUCUCCAUAUUCCAUUACUCCUUACAUCAUCAUUCUCUUUGCUCUUUCCGUCCUAACAUUUAUCUUUUACACAAGAGACAUAUUGGAAGAUGAAGAAAAAACUCCUCUCUCUGAAGAAUCUUGGUCUCUGUCUCACGAGAUGUCAACUGAGCAACUUUGGGAUGCUCCUUUCAGCUAUGGUUUACACCCAUGUGUCAAGCCUACGGCUAGAUAUAAAGCUAGCCAAGGAUGGGAUCACUACAUAACUGUGAGAACUAAUGGAGGACUAAAUCAAAUGCGCGCUGGUAUAUCUGAUAUGGUGGCCGUGGCGUACAUAAUGAAUGCUACCUUGGUAAUUCCUGAACUGGAUAGACGCUCGUUCUGGCAAGAUUCAAGUACAUUUGCAGAUAUAUUUGACGAACUUCAUUUUAUAUCAACCUUAGAAGGAGAUGUGAGGGUUGUCAAAGCGCUCCCAAAGGAAUUGAUGUCUGCUACUCGGGCUCGAAAGCACUUCACUUCCUGGUCUAGUAUGGGCUAUUAUGAAGAGAUGACCCGGUUAUGGAAUGAGUAUCGGGUAAUCCACGUUGCAAAAUCAGAUUCUCGACUUGCAAAUAAUGAUCUUCCCCUGGAUAUCCAGAGGCUGAGAUGCCGUACUUUAUAUUAUGCUCUACGCUUCUCUCUUCCCAUUGAUAACCUAGGGAAGAAGCUAGUGGAACGGCUAAGAUCGCGCGGGGGGAAAUACAUUGCUCUUCAUCUGAGAUAUGAGAAAGACAUGCUAUCUUUUACUGGUUGUACUUAUGGUCUCACCAAUGCAGAAUCCCAGGAGCUGAGAAUAAUGAGGGAGAAAACAAACCACUGGAAGAUUAAAAAGAUAAACUCAACAGAGCAGAGAUUAGGAGGCUUUUGUCCAUUGACUCCCAAGGAGGUUGGGAUAUUUCUUCAAGCCCUUGGUUAUCCUCCUUCAACAUUAAUUUAUAUUGCAGCUGGGGAAAUCUAUGGUGGUAAUACUCACCUCUCGGAAUUUACGUCGCGCUACCCAAAUGUAGUUUUUAAGGAAACACUGACAACCAAAGAAGAAUUGGAAGCAUUUGGUAAUCACGCAACUCAAACAGCUGCUCUUGAUUACAUUAUAUCCUUAGAGAGUGAUGUGUUCAUUCCUUCACAUUUGGGUAAUAUGGCAAGAGCUGUGGAGGGGCACCGCAGAUUCUUAGGUCAUCGAAAGACAAUUACCCCCGACAGAAGAGGGCUUGUUAAAAUUUUUGAUAAGCUGGAAGCUGGAUCGCUAAAAGAAGAGUCAUCACUGUCAUACCUCGUAACAGAAAUGCACAAGGACAGGCAAGGAGCUCCGAGGAAAAGAAGAGGCUCAUUGCCAGGAAUUAAAGGCCGAGCACGCUUCAGGACUGAAGAAUCCUUCUAUGAAAAUCCUUUCCCCGAGUGUAUAUGUGGUUCUGAAAAGCAUUUUUGAGGUGACGUAAGUUAUGACAUUGCUCAGCAGUUCAAAUUUUCAAAAAUUUUAUUUGAAGUCCAGCAGUCUCCAGGAUCAAAGAUUUAUGGCCCAAAUUCCGGACAAAUGUUCUGUAAAUACCAUUCAAUUUUAGCUGACUUCAACUAUUGGGAAGUCUAAUAAUGGCAGAUGUUCCGUAACUCUCUCUCUCUCUCUCUCUCAAACUUUUUUUAUCUAUUUUUUGUGCAUGUUAGACGUGGUAAGGAGAAAUUAUUGAAAAAGAAAGGAGUAUCAGCUCAUGGAAUUCAUUAAUUGUGAAUUAAACUUGGAUUUUUUUUUACAUGUCUAGCAGAACAUCAGGAUCCAAGAAUAGUGGAAACCAUGGAAUCUCUACACACAGUGAUUAGUGAGAACUAGUAUAUUUUCAGGUAAUAUACCCUUUGGAGGGCAAGCGCGAGGAACAGGGUGGCCUCCUUUAUUUUUAAGGAAAAUAGAGAGAUUUUUUUUGAAAGAAAAUAAUCUUUUAAAAUCAAAUUAAGGUUUGAGAGUCUAGGAGUCUGAUUGUGUUCAAAGAAUGUGUUAAUUAAUCAACACAAAGGGUAUGUUGGUCUGUGAUAUCCAAAAUAUUCUAUUACAUCCUUGAAAAUCUCAUAUAAACUACUUGCCUCAUUGAAUA